AUGGUUGAGUCCCGGCCACGACGCGUCACUGCAGUGACUUUGAAGAGAUUCCCUGGUCCACAUUGGUUUCGAAAAAGUUUAAGCUUAAUUCAGUUACAUAUACUCUUCUUCUGCCCCGGUGUUUCGUUUUUUUCCAUUUCUCUCUCUCAUGCAACCGCAGUCAUUCCAGCGCUUGCAAACGAUAUGGCACCACACGCCAUCGACUCCAUGCCCUCGGGGCAAUGUGUUAGGUUGAUGAGCGAGAAGUUCAUCCACAAGAGCGACAUCAACCAGAUCACACCGCGGAUGGACCAGGGAGGCUUUGGCCACCCUUGCAUUCUCCUGAAGCGGUCGCAUGACGGGUCCAUGGCCCUGAUUGCGUUGAUCUCGUCGUUCGGGUGCUCUUCGCGAAGAUACAUUGUAAGUACAUCGCCAAUCCAUUAUCAUGCAUGCCGUGCUCAGUUCAUGUCACCUUCCUGUCACCUUCCCGCUACCAUCGUAUCACCCUCAUAUCCAUCUUCAUGUCCAACCUUGCUAACCAUCUACCUCACAGCCGACAAGACGGUUUUCCGCGCAGCCGCCAACUGCAACUCGGAAAGGCCCGAUCCCAGUCGGCCUUUCAUCCAGCUCCAGCACGGCAUCCACUUCAACUUCCCGACGUGGAUCGACGAGAACAAGCAACUGACGAGGGAGUCCCUCUCUGACCUCCUCGCUCACAUGCGCCAGGCGGCUCCGCAGCGCUGGCGCGACGUCAACAACGCCAUGGUGACCACCGCCACCACCACCGCCCCUGGGCCCUCUCUCGCCGGUUUGCCAACGCCGCCGUCGACUCCACCGGCGCGUUUGGCGGCCAGUCCCUCACCACCACCACCACCACCGCGCCAGAUUGACCAAUCCUGGCGGCGCUCCCAGACGCCAGCGUCGUUUGCGGGCGACACCGAUAAGAGGAAGAGGCGGACGUCGUCGUCAAAUGGGAAAAAGGACUGCAAGGUCCAGAAGGUUGAAGAGUGGAGGCUAUCGGCUGGGCCUGUCGGUCAGUGUUGUGGUGGUGUGGUGAAAGAGGAGGGAGAUGGUGGGCAGUGGUGCACGGUUGUGCAGAAGAGGAAGAGGGGGAAGAAGUGA